AUGUACUUGGGAUACGACGAAAGAAAUGAUCAGUACAAGAUUAUGCGAACCAUGUUGCCGCAAGAUAGAUCUCCUGAAAAUAGUGUAUGUACGUUGAGACUUGGUGAACAAUCUUCUUUUUCAUCAUGGAGGCGCGUUGAAAGUGGUAAGGACUAUUAUUUUCGCAUGACUAAUGCAUUAUGCAUCAAUGGAGUUGUGUAUUAUGACGCUCAGAAAAAUCUAUCAAACAGUUUGGUCGUGAUUGUGAGUUUUGAUGUUGCAUCUGAACGGUUACUUGUCAUGGAAGAACCUAAAGAGCAUAGCUUAAUUCGUCUAAUAAACUACCAAGGAAAACUAGGCUGCUUUUGCAGCACCAAGGAUAACGGUUUUAGUUUGUGGAUUCUUGAUGAUGCUAAGAAGCAGAUUUGGUCCAAGGCUGGUGUUUUUUCGUCUUCUUUUUGUGAUUCAUAUCGGAAACUCAAUCUAAGAACUUGCGGCGCCACUGAUGUUGGGGAGAUCAUUUUUGUGUCGAGAUUAUCUUCUGGUGCCUAUGAGCUUUUCUAUUAUGACUUAAAGAAGAAUAAUGUGAGUAAAAGAGUUAAAACUAGAGAUAUCUCCGAGGAUGAUGAACACAGGCAUCGCAGUACCAUUUUUAUGCAUUCAUGUGACCAUGUGGAGAAUAUUAUGUCUUUAUAG